AUGCUCCACGCCCUGAGCAGCUGGAGGAACAACUGGGCGUGCGCUGCAGAGGGCCGCCGAAUCAUGUCGAUGAGCCCAAAGCAUACGACUCCUUUCUCAGUGUCUGACAUCUUGAGUCCUUUGGAGGAAAGCUACAAGAAAGUGGGCAUGGAGGGCAGUAACUUGGGGGCUCCCUUGUCAGCCUACAGACAGUCUCAGGUUUCGCAGCCGGCCAUGCAGCAACACCCCAUGGGCCACAACGGAACGGUGACUGCCGCCUACCAUAUGACAGCGGCAGGGGUCCCCCAGCUCUCCCACGCUACGAUGGGGGGCUACUGCAAUGGGAACCUGGGCAACAUGAGCGAGCUCCCGCCUUACCAGGACACCAUGCGGAACAGCGCUUCAGCGACAGGAUGGUACGGCACCAACCCGGACCCCCGCUUCUCCUCAAUCUCCCGCUUCAUGGCGCCGUCCUCGGGCAUGAACAUGGGAGGCAUGGGCGGCCUGAGCUCCCUGGGGGACGUGAGCAAGAGCAUGGCCCCGCUGCAGAGCACGCCGCGAAGGAAACGGAGGGUCCUGUUUUCCCAGGCCCAGGUUUACGAGCUGGAGAGACGUUUCAAGCAGCAGAAAUACCUCUCCGCCCCCGAGAGGGAACAUUUAGCCAGCAUGAUCCACCUCACCCCGACUCAGGUCAAAAUCUGGUUCCAGAACCACCGCUACAAGAUGAAGCGGCAGGCCAAAGACAAGGCUGCGCAGCAGCAGAUGCAACAGGAGAACGGCUCCUGCCAGCAGCAGCAGUCCCCCAGGAGGGUGGCGGUGCCGGUGCUGGUGAAGGAUGGCAAACCCUGCCAGGCGGGCUCCAACACCCCCACCGCAGCCAUCCAGAGCCACCCGCAGCAGGCGGCCACGACCAUCACGGUGGCCACCAAUGGCAACAGCCUCGGACAGCAUCAGAGCCAUCAGACAAACAGUGCGGGGCAGUCUCCCGACAUGGGACAGCACUCGGCCAGCCCUUCCUCCCUGCAGAGCCAAGUCUCCAGUUUGUCUCACCUGAACUCUUCCACUUCUGACUAUGGCACUGCCAUGUCCUGCUCCACCUUACUAUACGGUAGGACCUGGUGAAAGGAUUAGAGAAAGCGAAACUAAACACAACAAAACAAAAAAAAGAGAGAGAAAAAGAAAAAAAAAACAGA